AUGAACAUAGUAGAAUACAUUGAAGAAGAUGAGGAACCACCUCUGCUGCUCAGCUCUCGUCCUUCUCACGGUGUUUGGCUGUGGUGGGACUGCAGCAGUGCAGUGUCGGUGGGGGGAAGGAUGUGUGUGUCUGCAAUGCCCUGCUGGCCAGGAGCCUUCAAAGGCUUGUGAGCAGAUCCAAAGUCCAACAGAGGAAGUACAAUGUCAGUUGUGCCCACCUGGAAGCUUUUCAGACACAUUUGACUCUGAGCUUUGCCGCCCACACGCAUCCUGCAAGAUCCUCAGCCGUAAGGUUGCAACCCCUGGCACUGGGAUCUCAGAUGCUGUCUGCGGGGCCUGUCUGACUGGGUUUCACGACACUGCCAAAGUGGACGUUUCUACCCAAAGUCUGUGUGUGAAAUCAUCUUUGCGUGUCAGAGCAGUGCGUACGGUGGGUAAAGGUCCAUCCAGCGGUGCAGGAGGGGUGGUCAAUGGCACAGUGGUACGAAGCGCUGAGGAGAAGACAGCAGAGUACGCCGUGUUUGCUUUGGUGCCCAUCUUCUGCGUGAUGGGCCUGUUGGGUAUCCUCAUCUGCAACAUCCUGAAGAAGAAGGGAUACCGCUGCAGUGCUGACAAAGAGGGAGGGGAUGAAGAAACUGCCACGCCGCAGAAAGAAGGUAACAAUUGUCCCUACAUAUCUGACGACCUGAAUGAAGACACCAUCAGUGUUCUGGUUCGCCUCAUCACUGAGAAGAAAGAAAAUGCUGCUGCACUGGAAGAAUUGCUGCUGGAGUACGAGAGCAAACAGUUGGCCAUGAGCAAAGGCUCAUCAAUCAAGUUCCCGAUGCUGUCUCCUCUGUCCCCUUUUCGCUCCCUCCCCAGGCUGUGCCCCCAUCAGUCCCACCUCCACACUAUCUCUGGCCUCUCCGGCCUGGCCCCCAAACACGGCUACCGCUGCACCCGCUGCGCCCAGAGGAAAUGGCCCCCUGUCCUCAUACCUCCCCUGGAUUCUCUCAGAGAUCCCCUGAAGCCUCCCCAGAGCCUGAUCCUUCCCUGCCUGAACAAAUCCAACGACCAGCAGAAGAGGCCGCUGCUUGGGGGGGUGUUUGUAGACACCCACCACACGCAAGAUGUUGUGCCAAAUACUGUACAGGAAAAGAUGGAAGGGAGCGAAGUGAAGGAGAAGAAGGACGGAGAGCUGAUAGUUUUAUCUGUGGGGAGGUUUCAAGUCGCUCAGAUCCCUGAGCAGAAGCCUGUCACCGUGGAAACCAAGACAUCAUCCCAGGAGCAACGCAACUCCCUGUUCGUAGGGAAACCAUUCUGCUUGUCUUCAACAUCUGGCAUCAGGAGGUAA